CCCUCCCCCAUUUCUCAUUCCAUGCCAUUCUCUUCCACUCUCAUCAUUGUUUUCUUCUUUCCUUUCUUUCUCUUCUUUCAUUUGAAAAAAUCUAUCAUAUUUAUUAGUAUUUUCUUCCUUUGGGACACAAAAUCGUGCUAAAAAUUAAUGGGUUGCAGGGACAUGAGAAAGGUGAAGUGGGGGAAGAGGAGGAGGAGGCAAGAGGGUGUGGAGAGGAGGAUGAAGAAGCUGCAGCGCCUGGUUCCCGGUGGCGCCGGAAUGAACCCCGACCGGCUCUUCCUUAAGACGGCGGAACACAUCUUAAAAUUGAGGAUCCAACUCAAUGUGCUGCAAGCUCUUUCCAAGGUUUUCAAUGCUUGAUGAUGAUAUUCAUUAUUAUUUAGUAGCUAGUGAAGCAUUGUUAUAUCAAGUUGUACCAUCAUUGUUCUUAUAUGUAUUCAUCUAUUAUAUUUAUUUUUAUCAA